AUGGAGUCUCUACAACGUGAAUUCAAUGGCAUCGUAGGACCAAUAACGCAAGCAAACAUGGAAGCUGUUUGUCAAAUAGAGCAAGAAUGCUUUCCAUCAGAUGAAGCUGCAAGUCCUGAACAACUAAUGAAUCGAUUUGAGGUAGCAAGUGAAUUAUUUCUAGGAUACGAAGUCCAUGGCAACAUUAUCGCGUUUAUUUGUGGCACACGAUGCAAUGAUGAAUUAUUAACAGCUCAAUCUAUACACGAACAUGUAGCCGAUGGGAAAACUUUAUGUAUUCAUUCCGUAUGUGUUACUGGCAACUUUCGGCGAAAAGGACAGCAAAGCAAUGGCCUCAGAUCUGACAGUGAGACCUAUCAGGGGCCGAGUAUAAAUAAAUAA